CAACAAGGUGACGAAAGCGAAGAAGUCUAAUAAGAAGAAUGCGCAGAAGGCGGUGAAGCACGUCAAGAAGGUCAAGAAGACGGCGCCGAAGGGAGGCAAGCCCAAGCAAGGCACGUCUGCUGGUAAACUCAGCCUACGGGAGACGGCCGCGCAAUACUAUACCAAGUGGCAAGAGUUGAGGGCAAAGUUGGAGCUUGAGCAGCUGAUGACCCAGAAAUACAAAGACGAGGAGCGACUGAUAAUGGUCAGUUGUCGUGAUAGGAGGGGCCCCAGGGGGCCGAAAAGGGAGAGGCUCAAGGAAGACAUGAUCACCAAGCUAAAGGAGCAGGCCAGAGAAUACCACGACAAGCGGGUGGCGAUAUCAGGAAAGAUCGAGCCUGAGCAGAAAGCGGCCGAGGAAUACCGCAACGCUUGGGAAGCGACAAGGAAGGACUUCUCGCCCGCGGAUUGGGAAGGGGUCAGGCGGUUUCAGGAUCCUGGGUUUGAGUACUUUUGGGAUGACCCUUUCGACGGGUGUUGGUGCUAGGCAGUUAUUCCAUGGUUCUAGGGUAGUCAGUCAAACUUUUGUCGCUUCAUCCG